UUUAGGGGUAAGAAUAAAAGGAAGUGAAAGUUAAGGUUUUGAUUAAGAAAAAGUGUAAUGAUAGUCUUGCCCUUCAAAACCUAACGGAACUAUAACGGCGUUAGGACUUAGGGGUGUGAGUGAUAUAUUUCUUAAAAAUGGUGGGGAAGGUUCAUUAUAAGCGAUAGUUGCCAUUUAACUGAUAAUUUUGAAUAAAGUUAAGGAGGUAAACAUUUUUGCCCGAAUUACCAUAGUAUUUUUUUUUUUUUUUUAUAUAUAUAUAAUUAAAAUUAAUCCAUUGCACAAGCGUAAUAUAUAAAAUAUAAUUUGUUAAUUUUCUUAGCCAAGGGAUUUCUAUCCAACGUAUGGUAUUUAGCGGUUGAAAUCAAUGAAUGGUUUGUUUUUCAUUUCUUAAAGCAAACUAAUGAAACUAACGUUUCUAUCAACGGUUGAAUCCUCUGCCAACGUGCUCUAUCUGAAAUCAAAACAGUCAUUUCUUUUUGUGAAUACGUUGGCCAGUCACCUUCUUCUUUGUGGUUUCGCACCAGCGACCAGGCCAAUCUUUGCUAGUGCUGUUGACGAUGAGAAGGAACCAGAUGACUCGGGAGAUGAUAUGAGUGAGAAAGAAUUACCCAAAGGCAAAGUGGACGGAGUGAAUAGCGAAGUUCUAAGAGAGAAUCUUGAAAGAAUUGUUGGUGUAGAUGAUUCUGCCUUCAGUGGGAUGGAUCUUGCAACUCUUAUUAGAAACAAGUAUGGAAGGUCUUAUGAUGUUCAAUUAAUAAAAAAGGAGUUCAUGGGAAAAAAUCUUCUUGCUUUAAAUGUCAUGUGGAAAUACAUGGAACAGAGAUCUUUUCCACUGACGGAAGAAGAAUAUAUUUUGAGGCUUGAUGAUGUGGCAAACACACUAAAAUGUUGGGGAGCUGUCUCACAUAUUCGAAAUAGCCUUGCAAAGCUAAAAGAGCGACCUCGAAUUGGGAAGGCAGUUAGCAUAUUUAUAGACAUGGAUGAAUCUGGAGGCCGUGCAAAUGAAUGGAUUUACAAAUAGAUUGCUUUGUGGGACAAGGAAAAUUGUUCUCAUUACCACCUCUCUGUGCCUUAAUGAAGAGUAAGAAAUUCCAGAAAAAA